CUUGAUUUCCAACUUUGGAUUAUAUUAUAGGGAGUUUAAGAUACUAGCUACGUCUAUAUGCUAACUUUUGUUUAAUCAAAGCAAUAUUUGAAUCUGAAGCUACUUUUUGAGUUGCCUAAAUAUGGAAGCUGAAAAUUCCAACUUCGAAUCCGCUACGUCCAAUAGGAGAGUGUACGACGAAGUUUCUCUUUCUGAUCACGAUGCUGUCAGGAAAGAAAAAUUCAACAUUAUGAAGAACAUUCUUUUGAUUUGUCUCUCUUUUCUUCUCAAUUUCACGGCAUUUGCAGGAAUAUCGAAUCUUCAGUCUAGUUUGAAUCCGGACGAAGGCCUAGGAACGGGAUCUCUAUCCAUCAUAUAUGGAUCUCUUAUCGUCUCUGCAAUGUUUACACCAACUUUCAUUAUCAGACAUAUUGGAUGUAAAUGGACAAUAUUCGGUUCGAUUCUCGGAUACACGUGCUAUUCACUCGCUAAUUUUUAUCCCUCAUGGGGGACAUUGGUGCCUGCUUCUAUUAUUUUAGGCUUCUCUGGCGCCCCUCUGUGGUCAGCAAAAUGUACCUACCUGACGACUGUGGCGAAAAGAUACGCAAGAUUGACCAAUGAGAGUGUGGAUGCAGUUGUCAACAGAUUUUUUGGGAUUUUCUUCCUGAUAUUUCAAAUGAAUCAAAUCAUCGGAAAUUUGAUUUCAUCAUUUGUGCUCUCGUCAGCUAAUACAGCCAGUCUUGAGUUUCCAGAUAGUGUUAGCGAAGAAGAGAAAGUAAGGAUUGAAAAUUUCUGUGGUGCCAAUGAUUGUCAGAAUGGCACUGGAAGAGCCGAUUCAACUAAAGAUGAAAUUCCAAACGAGACCAUUUACAUAUUGAUGGGAAUUUACACGGCCGUUGGACUUCUAGCGGCGGCAAACAUGGCGUUUUUCGUGGAUAGAAUUGUUAUUAGAGACAAUGAAAGUCGAGGAACGAAAGAACUUCUUUCCGCAACAUUCUUGCACAUGAAAGAUCGACGUCAAAUUAUGUUGAUCAUUAUAACAAUGUAUUCUGGAUUUGAGCAAGCAUUCAUAACGGGUGACUACACUCAGUCAUUUAUAACAUGUCCGAUUGCUGUCAACUGGAUUGGCUUUAUUAUGAUUUGUUUUGGAGGUGUUAACUCAAUCUGUUCGUUCCUCUUCGGACGUAUAGAAAAAUAUACAGGCAGAAUACCACUGUUCUCUCUGUCAACUCUAAUAAAUCUUGGUAUUAUUAUUACACUACUGGUAUGGGUUCCAUACCCAACAAGUCCAGCCCCUUUCUUCGUGAUACCGGCAUUUUGGGGAAUGGCCGAUGCUGUGUGGCAAACACAACUGAACGCUUUGUAUGGAGUGCUUUUCUUUAAUCGACAAGAAGAAAGUUUCGCAAAUUAUCGCCUGUGGGAGUCUAUAGGAUUCGUUAUUGCUUUUGCUUAUCAAAGUUUCAUCUGUGUCUACAUAAAACUAUACGUUCUUCUCAGUUUUCUGAUUGUUGGGAUGAGCCUAUACCUUGCUGUUGAGUUCUUGGAAAAGAGACGUGAUAAGAACCCAACAGCCGCUGAUAUAUCCAACGGUCAGACAGGUCAAAAGUCGUCGCUUGGUGACUCUCAUGGAAUACAAAACGGUGCAUAUCGUACGAACCCAUCGGUAGGCGAGUUGACAAGCUUCUGAACAAAGAUCUACGUUAACAAUUUUAUGAUUAAGUUUUUCCAUUUUUUGAGAAUCUGUUUAAUUUUUCGUUUUGCACCUUGCUUGUUAUAUGCGACAUUAGAAGUGUCUCCGCUUCCAUGAAUUUGCCGAAUAAAUUGUAUAUAUAUAUUCAUCCAUUAUGUAUAUUGUUUUGGAUUCUAUUGUCUGAAGUAGUAGAAAAUCAACUUUUUCAUCAUUAAUAUUCGUAAAUCCUUAAGGAUAUCAAAAUUUUCGUUUGAUGUACGUUAACAUUUUUAUGAUUUUGUUUUCCAUUUUUGAGAAUCUGUUUAAUUUUUCGUUUUGCACCUUGCUUGUUAUAUGCGACAUUAGAAGUGUCUCCGAUUCCAUGAAUUUGCCGAAUAAAUUGUAUAUAUAUUUAUCCAAUAUGUAUAUCGUUUUGGAUUCUAUUGUCUGAAGUAGUAGAAAUUCAACUUUUUCAUCAUUGAUAUUCGUAAAUCCUGAAGGAUAUCAGAAUUUGCGUUUGAUCGUCGGCAAAUUUUAGAGCGACAACAAUAGUGUUGCGAUUGCGCCAUCGACGGUACAGAUAACUGUUGUUUUAUUCUGGAAGCUAUUUUUGAUUAAACUUUGAAUUUAUUAUUUUUUUGUAUUGAAUAUGUCACAGUAUUUUAUCAUAAUAAUGAUGGUAGAAUGAAAUUCUACGCACUAUUUUUAUAGUGCUCCUGAAGUAUGCGCACCAAGAUGUCGCAUAACCUGAACCCUAACCUGGUACACAACCUGAGUUCAGGUUGUGCACCAUCUUCGUGCGCAUACUUCAGGAGGUCCAUUUUUAAUAUUGUGGACAUGCUAUAACAUGUUAUAAACCACAUCCA